AAACGUCUUUCAACCAGCCAAUUCAUUGCUGCAACUGUGAAGUAGCGCUAGCGGCGCUUUGCUCCCUUUGCGGCUUUGGAGCCGGGAAGCGAUUGCAACGAGUCAAUUGGCAUAAAUUCUCCCGAGAAGACUCAAGCAAAAUGGUGAUUAAGACCGAGACGUGCUCGUUCAGCGAGAGCCGCAUCUACCCCGGCCACGGCUCGCGUUACAUCCGUCGCGAUGGCACGGCCUACGUGUUCAUCAACUCGAAGAGCAAGUCGCUCUUCAUGCAGCGCAAGAAGGCCACCAAGAUCGUGUGGACCCUUGGCUGGCGCCGCAUGAACAAGAAGCUCAAGGUUGAGGAGGUCACCCGCCGUCGUGCUCGCAAGACCACCAAGAUCCAGCGUGCCAUCGUCGGUGUCUCGGCUGAGGACAUCCGCAAGAAGCGCAACCAGAAGCCGGAGGUCCGUGCUGCCGCCCGCGCCGCCCUGAAGGAGGCUAAGGAGCGCAGCAAGGCCAAGAAGUCGGUGAACAAGGCCGAGCACGGCAACAAGGGCUCCAAGGGCAGCAACGCCCCCCGCGCCCAGAAGAAGUCGGGCAACCGCGGUGCCAUCUAAAUCAGUUGAUUUGAUCAACUGAUCGACGCGUUACUCGGGAGUCGCCAGCUCUUGGAUGCCAAUCAUUGACACGGGAAGUUCUCUCUUUGCUGCUUUCGAGCAAUGGACCGGUGCUCUAGUGCCGUUAGUUUGGGCGCAGUCUGUGCUAAGUGGAGCGAACACAAUAGACGCCAGUCUUGGAGGGAGAAUCGCUUCCUAUGUCAUUAUCGUUUUUACUGCGUUGGGCUCAACGAGUAUCAUUGUGAACAUUGACUGAAGCAGCUACCCGGGAUGCGCUUCAUCUUCUCGUACGUACGAGCCAUGUUGCGUCAGGGUCUGAAUAAGUUUGACCGAGCGGUAUGGCAAGUUCAAAGUCACAUGUAUCCCCGCCA